AUGGCGCUGGCUGGGCUGGCUCAGAGUCUCGCUCGCGAUUUCGUGGUUGCCUCUGGCAUGCUGGAUGAAGAUGAGGGCGAGGAGGAGAUCCAGGAAGAGAUUCUCCAGAAUGUGAAAGUCCAGCUCAAGGCAGCCGUGGAGAGGCUUACAGUUGAUGACUUGGAGCGAGCGGGUCGCAAGAAGGCCAAGGCAGCUGGGUCGAAGCAGAAGCAGACCGAUGAGGAGGUCCAGCCGAAGAAAAGGAAGAAGGUGGAAUCUUGA